AUGGUUGGCUAUGAGUAUGGCGGGCCGGUGGACUGCAACGUUGAGCUUGAUCUUACCAGUCUCAGAGGCAAAACUGCGAUCGUAACGGGAGGGGCGAAAGGCCUAGGCCAAGCUUACGCUCUUGCUCUCGUUAACGCGGGCUCUACAGUGAUUAUCGCAGAUUUGGACAAGUCCGCUGGACAAUCUUUCGCGGCCCAACAUUCGAGCCAACUUUACUUCGUCCAUUGUAAUGUCCUCAUCUGGGAGGACCAAGUCCGCCUGUUCGCUGAAGCCGCCAGGCUUUCACCAUCAGGCAAGAUCCAUCAUGUUAUUGCAAAUGCGGGCAUCUUCAAAGCCGACGAGGUCUACUCGUAUUCAGAGCAACUGUCCGAGCCCAAUUUGAUCACUACCGACGUUAAUGUCAAAGGUACAUUAUUCACAACUAAGCUCGCUAUGCAUUAUUUCAUCAAACAGAAUGGAACAACGCCGUCGCUGUCUCAGGAAGAUACAAGCUUAGUUAUCAUUAGCUCUGGAGCAGGGAUCUACGAUUGUAUACGGAUGCCGGAGUACUGCGCCUCAAAAUGGGCAGUUCGUGGAAUCAUGCAUGGCCUACGGCGCACAGCCCACUUCUAUGGAAGCCGAGUUAAUAUGAUCAGCCCCUAUUAUGUGGAGACGACUGUACUACCCAAAAAAGUUUACGAGUACAUUAGAGGCAAAGGUAUAGAUUUCGCUACCUUGGAGGACGCGGGUCAGUGUUUACUGCGGCUACUCAGUGACCCGGCUAUUAAUGGUCAUUCAUUGUUCAUUGCGCCACGAAAGUGGGCUCCUCGGGGAUAUAUGGAUUUGGAUUUGGAGGACACAGAGGGUACAGCAUUGUUAAAAGAGAUCCAAAUUGAGCAGAUGAUUAGUGAGCCCGUUGAUUCAGGUCUGUUCCCAGAGGUGCGGCUAUACAUGUAA